AUGAUGAUCGGUGUCGCAGGCUUCAGCCGGCACAUCGGCCAGCUCUUGAGUAAAAGCAACGGGUUUAUUGCGGCGUCCCUGUCCGCGGCGAGCUGCGCGGACGAGGCGGAGAAGGCCGAGGGGGCGGGGUGCCGGGACGACGCGGCGGCGCUGAGGCUCAAAUGGAUUGCCAUGGCGGCGAUACUGGUGUCCGGCGUGAUGGGCGUGGGCCUGCCGCUCGUGGGGCGGAAGCGGCGGACGGUGCAGACCGGCAGCGCUGUCUUCGUGGCCGCCAAGGCUUUCGCGGCCGGCGUGAUCCUGGCCACGGGGUUCGUUCACAUGCUGCACGACGCCGAGCACGCGCUCUCCAACCCCUGCCUCCCGGCCGCGCCCUGGCGGCGGUUCCCGUUCCCCGGGUUCGUCGCCAUGCUCGCUGCUCUUGCCACGCUGGUGCUCGACGUCCUGGUCACCAGGUUCUACGAGACCAAGCACCGUGCGGAGGUAGCUCGGGUCAAGGCUGACGCCGCUGCCGCACUCGCCGCCGCGUCCACCUCCGCCAGCGACGAAGACAUCACCGUGGUCACCGUCGUCGAGGGUGAGCACAAGGUCCCGCUCUUGCAAGCCCACUCCCAUUCCCACGCGCAGUCGCAUGGUCACGAGCUGGUGCAACCACAAGGACGCGAGGGGGAGGUGUCAGACCACGUGCGCUCCGUCGUGGUAUCACAGAUACUGGAAAUGGGGAUUGUGUCGCACUCGGUGAUCAUUGGGCUGUCGCUUGGUGUGUCUCGGAGCCCCUGCACAAUCAGGCCACUGGUGGCAGCGCUCUCAUUCCACCAGUUCUUCGAGGGAUUUGCCCUCGGUGGGUGCAUUGCGCAGGCUCAGUUUAAGAACCUUUCGGCAGUUAUGAUGGCGUCCUUUUUUGCCAUUACAACACCAACUGGUAUCGCCGCUGGGGCCGGUUUGUCCUCAUUUUACAACGCCAAUAGCCCCAGGGCUCUAGUGGUCGAAGGCAUCCUCGACUCUGUGUCGGCCGGCAUACUCAUAUACAUGGCGCUGGUGGAUCUAAUCGCAGCCGAUUUCUUGGGUGGGAAGAUGACAGGGUCGCCACGGCAGCAAGUGAUGGCCUAUGUCGCCCUGUUCCUAGGUGCGCUCUCCAUGUCAUCGCUUGCAGUUUGGGCCUGA